GGAGUGAGCCCAGCCAGCUGUCACAGCCUCCACGCACUGGGACCCAAUAAAGCACUCCAUGCCACCAACGCCUGUCUCGUCUGUGCUGAUGUGGGUGCCUCCGGGGACUGUGGCUCUGCGUCACGGGCACUGGGGAGCAGAUAAAAGGCGCCGCUCCUGGUCUGUCGUGCUCCGCCUGCCCGCCCGCCCGCCUUCACAUCAUCCCCAUGGCCUGGCCUGCGAUGCUGACAGCUGCUGCCCUGGCUCUGUGCCUGCUGCAGGCUGGACCUGCUCUGGCAUGGUACAAGCCGGCGGCAGGGCGUGGACACUACUCAGUGGGCCGUGCUGCGGGGCUGCUGUCCAGCCUGCGUGGGGCCCCGUUUGCGCGGCGCGCCGAGCCCCCUGCGGACCUCCCUGCACAGCCACGCCUUGGCCCUCGGAGUCUGGCUGUGUGCGUCCAGGACAUCGCCCCGAACCUGCGGAGCUGCGAGCGACUCCCGGACAGCCUCGCCACCUUCCAGUGCAGAGCGGACGUGUUCCUUUCCCUGCGCGGCGACUGUCGCGGUCCCUGAGCCCCCUCGGUCCAGGCCUGCCCCCACCCCGCUGUAGCACUUGAAUAAAUGCAUGUGCUUCCA